AUGUCGUUAUCAAUACAGGUGAAUCACUUUAUAGAAAUAUUUUUCGAUAAGAUAGUCCAGUGCAAUGGGAAGCCUUCGCUCUGUGGCCACGAUGGCCGCAGUAAGCUUUUUAAUACAGGGAGCUCUUUGGGUCGUCCUUUCCAUACUAGCCAUUCUUACCUAUUCAUGCUACUUUGAACCAAAAGAAGAGAUGUCCCAAAACCCAUCUUUCACAGCCAUGGCCAAAUACUACUUUUCUGAUUCUCAAUGCUGGUCGUCCCUUCCAGAUCGAAAAGUUGCUGGAAUAACCAGUUCAAGAGAUCUCAUACUUCUAGUAUCAUUUGAAUUCACAUUUAAUUUUCUACUGACCAUUGUCAGCCUUAUCCUAUUGUUUGUGAUACCAAGAGGAAGUACUAUUAGCUUUCUAGGCUGGCUUUAUAGCUUUCUGUUUCUUGGAUUUGCAGUGAGCGUCACUGAUAUUGUCGCUAUGUCAACAUUUUCUGCUGACAAGAAUACAUUGGAUGGAACUCCAACUAGUACAUUGGUAUCUUUGACUAAUAUGCUAUUGCUAGUAUCGGUAAUAGCUUCCAGAGGCGUUGUGUAUUGGGUGCUCAAUAUCUCUAUCCUUUUCUACAUCUUCAUGUCAGCAACCAUGCGACUCUUUAAAGCCUGCAGGAAACUAGAUGAAGAUAGGAGCAAGAUGAACGGAAAUCUUAACGCUGCCUAUGAGGAAGACGAAAGAGGCUUGCCGGCCCAUACUGCCGUCAGCAGGUGGCCUGGCGUGGGCAGGUCCCUUUGGAGGAAUUACAAAUUCAACCACCGCGAGCCAGCCCGGGACCACUGGAGCCAAGAGUCGACGCGCAGGGACCGGGCCGCCUUCGGAGCCAGGGAGGAGCUGAAGCAGCGGCCGAGCUUCAGGGACGCCUUCAGCUACACCGAGCCGCGCCGGUCGCGGGAAUGGGACGGCGAUCCCAGGGGCAGCCCUGGCCCGAGCAGGCCGCAGCCCAAGCCGCAGGGCGACAGGAGGGGGUCCGGCCCCACCAGGCCCAACUCCCUCCAGGAGGCCAUACUCACGAUAAAACCACUGCGCCAAGUUCGCCCCAAAAUACCAGAUAUGCAAAAUAGGUAUUAA